AUUUAAAUAGUCAGCGUGGCUGUGUGAGCAGCAGCAGCAAAGGUUUUAGUGCAUCGGAUACAUACUCAGCGUUUUAUUUUGAUAUUGUUAGUACAUAUUAUAGGUUUUUUUUUUAUUAAAUAUAUAUAUUUUGCAAUUUAAAAACGUUAUAAGCAGGUAUACAGAGGAAAGAGUUUCUACGCUGGUUUCAGAAGCUGAACAUGGGUACCACUGAGAGCAAGAUGUCCACGGCAUCAACGCCCAAGCCGAAUCCGAUCCAUCGGCUCAAGACACAACGCUUAGCCCAGCUGGCAGAUCCUCGGUCUCCGUCGUGUGGUCUUGACCGCACACCUAUACAUGUGAGUGGUGCUGCUUCUACGGCCCCAGAAGCUCAAGAGACAGUUGGAUCUGUGUUUGUUGAUCCGCGGUCACCUACGGUUGGCGUUGUUCGUACUCCACUAAAGGGCAGUAUGAAAGUAACCGUCAGCUCACUGGCUCAAAGGCUGAGCACGUUUUUCCAUAAUGAUGUGAUGGGUGGUGACUCUGACUCCACUCCGCUCCCUCCUGUGUCCUUUACUACACAGCACAGCCUCCCUAGUGUAGAGCAGCAGAAUGAGCUGAGCUCCAAAGAGCCUCUCCUCCCACCUCAUUCUCACGACUCUCUCAGUGGGUCCACAGACUGCUCGUCAACCCCAGCAAAUUUCAGCUCCUCCAUUGGUUACGGCUCUUUCUCCAGCAGUCCGUUUGUGGUGGUCGGUGAGGUUCAGGUGGAGGUCGGGGUGGACGCUGACACUACCAUAGAGGAGGCUGAGGAGGCCAUUCUUCUGGGCGAGUCUCCCCUGAAGCGGGAGCUUAGCCUCAGCAUGCUCGGCUGCCGUGAGGGCGUUUACUCGCCGGAAUUCUUUCCCUCAGCAGAAAAUCGUCCUUCCACUCCUCUUCCUCCUCUAGAGGACAGGCAAGAUGUAGAUCUUGCCUUUGCACUUCCAUGUGAGCCUGUGGAGUUCAAUCCUGUUCCAGUGGAAGAAGCAGCCCCACCAAAAACUGCUGAGACACCGCAGACAACAGAGGAGGAGAGUGUUGCAGAAGAAAUCGAUAUACUGCCUGAACGAGGUCUGAAACCAUCGGAGAAGUCAACGCCGGCCAUUCCUGAACCAGAAAAGACUCAAGUCCUUCCCCCUGCUAGAACGUUCCCCAAGUUUGACACCCGCAGCCCAAGCCAGGCUGUAUUUAAGCCCCAGUGGCUGGGUGUUGGAUUUGGAGCGACUGGUGUCCGUGCUAGAGGAGUUCAGAGUCGUGGAAGAGGGCCCUCCUCCCCGCUGUCUACCCGCAGACCAGCUACUGAUGAGAAUGAGAAUAAAGUUAUUCUGAACAAACAGAAGCAAAGGGGCAAAACUUAUAUCGGAGAAGGCAGAUCUCCUUUGCAGAUUCUCAAGGAAACCAAUUCACCCAGAAACAACACUACACAGAUGAAGCUAAAGGUUUCUACUCCAGAGAAGCAGAGGUUUAGCCAAAUGGACAGAAGAGCUCUCAUCCUUUCUAUCAACAAAGAGAACCAGUGAAGGACAGACACUCGGAGGUGGGGGGGCAUAAUCGACUGGAUUAUAUUUCCAAGCAAACACUCUGUAUAUAGAGCCCAGUUUCUUUCUCAGAAAGUAGCUAUACAGUGAUUGUGAACUUUUGUAUGUGUGUUUAAAUGUAAUUUUACAUUCCUUUUCUGCCAUCUCAUUCGUCUUUUUAUUUUCUAUCAAAAUUCUGUAAAUAAAAUCAAUUAUUUUAAUUUUACUGUUUUUACUGUCUGUCUUGUAAUGUCUAUAAAUAGACCGUGUUCAUGUUCAGGAAUUCUGGUGUUGUGUAACACACUAAUAAAGCUACCCGAAGGUAUAUUUCCAUGA